CGAUCGAAUAAACGAACGAUUAUCGGUGGUUUUACGAGAUCGAAACGGAGUAUCUUCGCGAAGGUGACAACAGCUAGCAGAACGGAGCUGCCAUCUCAGCGACUCCUCCACAUGUGGACAUCGCCGUCCCGACUCAGGAUCGGCCGAGCACCCAGGAAAAAGACAACACCUUAAGCUGAUAGCUGCUGCAGCGGCUACCGCGACCGGUGAACGAUGGAGAACACCAAGAGGAAGCUGUCCUUCCUUGGUUUUGGCAAGAGGGUAUCGGUCGACGGUCAUGGCGCGGAAACGGGACCGGAACUCGACGAGGAGAUGGAGAAGGUUUUCGCGAUGGACACCGGGGAGAAGUUCGACGUAGCCCGGCUAGGUUCACCUUGCGAAUCGUCUGGAUCAGAUCGAGAUCGAGGACCACCACCGCGAUAUGGAGAUCGCGACUUCAAUCAGCACCGAAAAAGAAGUUAUCCUCAUCCGCAUAUGCCCCUGAAAAGCCUACAUUCCAGAUCUAUGCGACGACAUUUCUCACCCGAAGGAUCCACAACGGAAGUAGGCCAAGAAGAGGAGAAUGGGCAGGUUCAGACCGGAAAUGGCGGUGGAUUGGAAGCGGACGCAAUGGACAACGGAUUGUCCUCGACCACGAUGCAACACGCCGACGAUGAGAACGCGGAGGAGGCGGAGAUGGUGGUCAGCAGCGAGAACGAGGCGCCGAUCUCAGAAAGGGCUGCUUCCGGUUCCAGCGACAGCCCUACUGUCGGCAGCCCGCGAGUCCAAUUCGAGAUGAUCAAAGAGGAAGAUGUGCCUUCCUUCAAGGAUGAGGUAAUACCCAGUGUCGGUGUGUCACCUCUCCACGACGAAGAUAGAAAGUGUCGAAGGCAUCAGAAACACGAGCACAAAAGACAUCAUCACAAGUCGCGCAAGUACUCGCUCCAGGAAGAUCCACAAUGGCGAAAACGAUCGGGAGCUGGUCUCCCGGAUGGAACAGGUGUGUUAACGAGAAGGGUAAGCGUGCAACCGGAAGAGGCAAGCACGUUGCAGGAGCUGGACAUCGACGAUCUGGAGUCGCACAGAAGCGACGAUCCGCGAGGAAUGAGACGUCACAAAGCAGCUCAUUCUACGGUGCAAAUCGGUCGGAAGAAAGAGGGUGGAAUACCUCACGACACCUUCAAAAAGAUGUACGAUCAUUCACCUCACGAGGUGUUCGUGCAAUUGGACGAAUUGUACGGGAUCGGGGAGGAACGUGAAUGGAAAGAGACUGCUCGAUGGAUCAAAUACGAAGAGGACGUGGAAGAAGGCGCGGAUAGAUGGGGCAGGCCUCAUGUAGCCUCUUUAAGUUUCCACUCUCUGUUGAAUCUUCGUAGAUGCCUAGAGACAGGUGUCGUUCUCCUCGAUCUCGAGGAAAGGGAUCUGCCUGGAUUGGCGUACAGGGUGGUUGAACAAAUGGUGAUCGAAGAGUUGAUUCUACCUGACGACAGACCGGUAGUGAUGAGAGCUUUGUUACUAAGGCACAGACAUGUGCACGAUCACGAUCGUGGAUUCAGAUUCGGAGGGAAGAGGAACUACUCUAGCUAUACUAGUUUACAGUCCGUCUGUAUGGAGGAAGAAGACGCUGCGCGGGAAGCCUCUGAGAACCAUGUAACCCAACAUAAUCUGAACGACACAAAGCCAAAAAUUGUGUCGUCGAGCCUCGCGUUGGACAGCAAUCACACGGUGGUAGACAUGAAGGAAGAGCUGACGUACACAAGCAGCAACGAGGACCUGAAGAAGGGUCACAACGAUUAUAUCUUGAAGAGAAUCCCGGCUGGCGCGGAGGCUACCGUNGUGCUGGUCGGUGCGGUUGAUUUUCUGGACCAGCCGACGAUCGCGUUCGUCAGGCUAGCAGAGGGCGUGUUCAUUCCAUCGAUCACGGAAGUCACGAUACCAGUAAGAUUCAUGUUCACCUUACUGGGCCCGAGGAACGCUGAUCUAGAUUAUCACGAAAUCGGUAGAUCGAUCGCCACCCUGAUGGCCAAUACGUCGUUCCAUAAAGUUGCGUACAAAGCGAACGAGAGACGCGAGCUUCUGUCCGCGAUCAAUGAGUUCUUGGACGACUCUAUCGUCCUGCCUCCUGGUGAUUGGGAGAGACAGGCGUUGCUGCCGUUCAGCGAGCUCAAGGCGAAAAGCGAGGCGAUUAGAUUGCGGAAAGCCAAAGCGCUCGAGGACAAGUUCAAGCCUAUACAGAGCGAAGCUGCUGUGAAAAAAGGUAAAAAAGAAUGGCUACAAGUGAUUGGACACUUGGUUUAUAUACUCGUAGCUCUUCUUGCUGGCGAAGAAGAGAAGAAACCUCCUGGCGACGAUGAUCCACUUCGAAGAACCAAGCGUCCGUUUGGCGGCCUCAUCAACGAUAUCAAGAGACGCUAUCCUUUCUACUUGUCCGACUUCACCGACGGCUUGAGCUCAUCUUGUUUAGCAGCGGCUAUCUUCAUGUACUUCGCUGCUCUCUGCACGGCAAUCACUUUUGGCGGUUUAAUGAGCGACAAGACGCACAAUAUUAUUGGUAUAUCGGAAACCUUGGUCUCUGGCUCCUGGACAGGAGUGAUAAUGGCUCUGUUCUCCACUCAACCUCUGGUCAUCAUUGGCACAACGGGUCCAUUGUUGCUGUUCGACGAAAGCUUGUACAACUUCUGUUUGGCGAACGAGCUGGAAUUUUUAACCGUGAGAGUUUACGUUGGAGCAUGGAUGGGUAUCAUAGCUUUGGCUAUCGCCUGUGUCGAAGGAUCUGUGUUAGUUAGACUGUUCACCCGUUUCACCGAGGAGAUCUUCACAGGCUUGAUUUCUAUCCUGUACAUUGUCGAAACGUUUAUCAAACUGUACAAUUACUUCGUGAAGAACCCGCUGCUCGACGAAUACAGUUUCAUUCCUGAAACGAACGAAACGAUAUAUUAUCAGGAGCCGUUGAACGUGACGGAGAUCAAGGUCGUUUCACCGGAGACCGGCGAAAUAAUAGCUAUACCGGUAGAUAAACCGCAAUCCCUGAUACCAGGAUACAACGUCGUUGGAUUAUUGAUCAAUCAACCGAAUACCGCGUUAAUGUGCACGAUAUUGUGCCUUGGUACUUUCCUCGGUGCUUACUACCUGCGUAUAUUCCGUAACAGUCAUUACCUCGGUCGAAGCGCCAGAAGAGCUUUCGGUGAUUUCGGUGUACCGAUCAGUAUCAUCGUGUUCGCGUUGAUCGAUUACUUGGCCAAGGUGAAGACGGAGAAGCUACUGGUUCCUGAAGGACUAACGCCGACUUUGCCUGGCAGAAAUUGGCUCGUAUCACCAGCUGGAAUACAGAAACCUAUUCCCCUGUGGAUGGCCAUGGCCUGCAUCGUACCUGCGUUGCUGGUUUACAUUCUUGUUUUCAUGGAAACUCAAAUCUCCGAGCUAAUCAUCGACAAAAAAGAACGAAAACUGCGAAAAGGUAACGGGUACCACAUGGAUAUAGUGGUGGUGUGCCUGAUGAAUGUCGGGUGUGGUUUAAUGGGCGCCCCGUGGUGUUGCGCCGCCUCGGUUCGAUCGUUGACGCACGUCUCAGCGGUGACGGUGAUGUCCCGCACUCACGCUCCCGGGGACAAGCCGCACAUCGUCGAAGUGAAGGAGCAGAGAGUGAGCGCUCUAUUGGUCGCCGUGUUGAUUGGCGUGAGCGUGCUGAUGGCACCUCUGUUGCGACGCGUACCAAUGUCCGUCCUUCUCGGGGUGUUUCUCUACAUGGGUAUCUCCUCGACGAACGGUGUACAAUUGUUCGACCGUGUCAAGCUGUUCUUCAUGCCGGUGAAACACCAUGGAUCUGCCAAUUACGUGCGACGCGUGCAAACCUACAAGAUGCACAUAUUCACCCUCGUACAAAUUCUGUGCCUGGCUGUACUGUGGAUCGUGAAGAGCACCAGAGCAGCCCUGGCGCUUCCGUUCUUCCUCGUUCUCAUGAUACCCCUACGAUCUCAGAUGAGCCAUAUUUUUACCGCCUCAGAGCUUAGGGCACUCGACAGCAAAGGAUCUGAACAUGAGAGUACCGAGGAAGAGCUGGAUUUCUACGAGGAAGCUCCGUUACCUGGUUAGAUAGUGCCUUAUUCGACCUUGUCCACAAUAAUAUCCUUCUUCCCCUACCCUUCGUUCUUUUUCCUCUUCGCCUAUCAUUCUUCUUCUUCCUCUUCUUCUCCUUCUUCUUCUUCUUCUUAUCCCUUUCUUGUUUUCGAAGGAUUUGUUCUGUAACUUAUGAUUCCUAUCACUUAUCAGAGCGAUUCUGAAAAUACUAGCGCGAAGUACUUGAGAAGAGAAGAAUCUAUUUUCGUGAAAGAGCAAAUAUGUAUACCAAUGAACUAAGAGAGAGGACAUAGAUAAGGGGUAGAUAAAGGGGUUUCUGAUUCCCAACGGUGGUGUUAACUCGUUACAUUCGUAAAAAUUAUUUUUUACUACAAAAUUUGUAAAUAAUCGAUGAUAACGAUGUAUCAACAAGGUGAAACGAGAGAUAUAUUUUUACGCGUACGUUAGAUAUGUGUGUAGGUAGUUGAACAAUUCAAAUCAAAAGGCACUCUCAGUUUUAAUGUAGACUUUAGUUCGAUAUACUUCUCUUCUUUCCAUAGAAAAUCAAAAAUAUAUAAAUAACACAAAACGAAUAUUCGGUACCUGCAUACACUAUUUGAUGUAUUCGUAAUUAAAAGUUAAGAUUCGUUUCAUCUGUUUUCGAUUCGGUGGGAAAAAGGGUGCCUCUGAGUGCCUCUAAAGAAUGGUGAUGAACUCGACACGUUGCUCAGGAAAAUUUAAGCGUAAAAGGCACAAGAUACGAGAGUGCCAAAUCAAAAGAGCGUGAAUUACAAAAUGGUGCUGGUCCGUUUAUACGGAAGUAACGUUAGCUGAAUGAAAACUAUAUCUUUUAUAAAAAAAAAAAUG